GCGCGGUAUUUUGCGCGAGGAAUUCGCUGAAAGCGAAUCUGCAAUUAUUUCGCUCUCGCGGUAACGUUUUUCUUCAUGUCACGAACUAGUCGCGUUUCUCGUGUGAUCACGCAAUACAGAAGAAAUCAUUUCAAACUUUUGAGAAGCGAUAUCCGUUGAAAUUUGCGAAGAAAAUGCGUGUGGCCGUCGUAGGCGCUGGUGUAAUAGGAGUAACAAGUGCGUUUGCGGUAAAAAGCGCUUUCCCAAAUUAUGAUGUGAAGAUCUUCGCCGAUGCAUUCUCACCUGACACCACUGGCGAUGGAAGUGCUGGUUUAUGGACUCCUUUUCUCCUCGGUGACACACCUGUCGAGGACAUAACUCGAUGGGCUGGCAACACAUAUCAGUGGUUCGAGCAAUUGUGGAAAGCUGGGUUGUCAUCGAAAACGGGUGUUUCUCUGCUGCCUGUAACUUAUGUUACUAGCGAUUAUAAAGGUGAUGUUGAACCAAUAUGGGUAAAAUUUGUUUAUGGCUUUCAAAAAUUAAGUAACGAAAGAUUACAACGCUUAAAUGAAGAACACAAGUCUAAUUACAAACAAGGUAUACAAUUUAUAACUUAUACUGCUGAAGUUCUAUUCCUGCCGUGGCUCAUGGAAAAGUUUAUUGCUUUGGGCGGAAAAAUGGAAAGAAGAAACAUUAAAAUGUUGUACCAAUUAGCAGAAGAAGGAUAUGAUCUAAUAAUAAACUGCAGCGGGCUCGGUGCACGAGAACUCGUCGCGGAUGAAACAAUGAUGCCUAUUAGAGGUCAGGUGUACAGGGUAAAAGCACCUUGGGCAAUGCAUAUUUUUUUGGUGGACGAUGAUGCCUGCAAUUACAUCAUCCCUAACAUCCACAGCGUCGUAAUAGGCGGUACUCAUCAAGAAGGCGAUUUCGAUCGUUCUGUACGAGAGAAGGAUUCGAAACACAUUUAUGAUGGAUGUUGCCGCAUAAUGCCGUCUCUAAAGGGGAGUGAAAUAAUACGCGCGUGGGUGGGCCUUCGACCAGGACGACCGCGAGUUCGUCUGGAGUGCGAGAGCCUCAGCUCGUCCAUGGGAAAAGAGUUCAAGGUGAUACACAAUUACGGCCACGGUGGAAGUGGCGUGACGCUGUGCUGGGGGUGCGCCAUGGAUGUCGUGGAGAUGAUAAAAAACUUGAAAGUGCCUGAAUUAAACUCCAAACUAUGGAAAGCAGCAGUGGUCAUGAUCGUCGUCGAAUACAGCGAUAAGCAUCCGGUGACAUCGCGCGAUUUUAAAAACGGUAAUUCCAGAAACGAGAGCUUAACAAACAGUCAAAGCAUCAGCGAGUCCGACAAGAAGCAAUCCUGCAAAUCAUCAUUUCAAAAUCAGAAAUAUAUUGGUCCUAACAAUUUCUCGAACUUAUCGCUUGCAAACGACAGAAUAGGUGUCGCCAAGUAUGAUUUCGAGCAGCAUCACUGGAAGAUCACCGCAGAUAAAGGCAAUAACACAGAUGCAUUGUGCGAAGGAAAUGAUUCAAAGCGGCACAAGAAGGAUGUGCAAGAAACGUCAAAGACCAGGAAUAAGAAAAAGCGGAGAUUUUUAACAAUUUGCACGGUGAAUUGCAAGUACGACGUGGUUAGACGCGUGGCUGUGCGAUUCGGGAUGAGAGAAGUUACGGAGGAUAGUAGUUGGGAUCUUUAUUGGACCGACCUGAGCAUCAGCAUAGAGCGUGUUAAAGACAUGAAGAGGUUCCAGAGGAUCAAUCAUUUCCCUGGGAUGACAGAGAUAUGUAGAAAGGAUCUACUCGCUCGUAAUCUCAAUCGCAUGCAGAAGCUGUUCCCGAAGGACUACAAAUUUUUCCCGAAAACUUGGUGCUUUCCCGCGGAUCUCGGUGAUGCGACGACUUACGCUAAGACGCGGAGAUCGAAAACCUUCAUCGUUAAACCGGAUGCUGGCUGCCAAGGUCGUGGUAUUUAUUUAACAAAACAUUUAAAGGACGUCAAACUAAGCGAACGUUUGAUCUGUCAAGUAUACAUCGCAAGGCCCUUCUUAAUAGACGGAUACAAAUUUGAUCUACGUAUUUACACACUAAUCACGUCAUGUGAUCCUCUCAGAAUCUAUGUGUAUAACGAAGGACUCGUGAGAUUUGCAACUAGCAAAUACAAGGAACCGAUCGGAUACAAUAUUUCUAAUAUGUUUAUGCAUUUGACAAAUUACUCCAUUAACAAGCAUAGCCGAAUGUACAUAAUCGAUGACGAAAUUGGCAGCAAAAGAAAAAUAUCAACAUUGAAUAAGUGGUUUAAAACGAAAAAUGUCGAUGUAGAUGAAUUAUGGAGUAAAAUCGACGAAAUUAUAAUUAAAACCAUAAUCGCUGCAUAUCCCGUAUUGAAACAUAAUUAUCACGCGUGCUUCUCGAUGCACAAUAUGACUUGCGCGUGUUUCGAGCUAUUAGGAUUCGACAUUUUGCUCGACUGGAAACUCAAGCCUUACCUUCUUGAAGUAAAUCACUCGCCAAGCUUUCACACAGAUGCACAGAUAGAUAGAGAGGUAAAGGAAGGAUUGCUGAUGGACACCUUCGAUAUAUUAAAUUUACAACAAUACGAUAAGAAGAAAAUAAUAGAGGAAGACAGGAAACGAAUCAAAGAGCGACUUCUUCAAGGCUUAAACGGAAAGGAUCUUAGAAACGAGAGCAAUUACGUGCAGAGGCAAUUUCAGUGGGAGGACGACCAUAUGGGCAAUUUCCGAAGAAUUUAUCCAUGCUUUGACGAGGAUAAAUAUCAGUCUUUCUUCGCACAGAAUGCUCUUUCUGUUUUUCAAGAUACAGUGGCAUCAAGAGCGCGCGAAGAAGCAUCGAGAAUAGAGAGAGAAGAGAACGAGCUGAAAGCAAAAGAGGAAGAACGCAAACGAACAGUCGGAAAAUGGAGCGAGCAAAAAUUAGGCCCUGAAAGUUCAAACGCACCAAAGAAAUUUCAAGAGAAAAAUAAAUCCGCAGGCGUGAUAAGAAAAAACAUCAAUAAGCAGGAUGCAGAGGGAUCUCCUACCAAUGCCCUGUACUCUUUCGAGCCUGAAAUCAUAUCGGAGUCUGAAGAGAAGGAACGAAUAACAGCCUUGGCGCAGAGGGAUUUUCUCAUCAAGAGCUACGGCUUGCUCGAGCAGAUAUACGUGGCGAUGAAGAGAAACGGCAUGUUACGACCCGCUGACGAGAGAAAGUACGGUUUGUACAGCAGGCUGGGAUUACACGCAAACACGAACCGCAGCACAUGCUCUUCCUCGCACAAAUCCCAUCAUCGUCAAAACGGCCAUCUAGAUGCCACAAAAGCGACCACGAACCAAUGUCCGCAAUGUUUCCUGAGAGUGAAUGAACACAAAUCGAUGAAUAAUCAGCGUCAGUUUAACAAUUCAAACAGAAGCUUGUGGAUAACAUGCAACGAGGCACUCGUUUACGUUCGUCCGAAAAUACCACAAAGCCUGUGGAUGGAAGAAAUGAAUUCUAAUAAUCAUAUCGGACGAGUAACAAAAGCACACGUUGCUAGAACAUUGUCGAAUACUGUCCGGCUGCACACUCUCGAGAGAAGAGAAUCCUCCCAUUCGGCGAAAUCUAAAGUUGAUGUUACCACUCAGCACCGAGGAUGAACGGGUCAUCUUCUCUAUCCAGAGUUAAAAAGCAAAGAAAUAUGCUACUUAAUAUGAUAAAAGGAAUUAUUUUUCCGAAAGAUAUAAAAAAUACA